AACACUGCAAUGGUGCAAGCCAUCCCAACUCACCACAGACCGGCCAAGUAGCUACGAUCAUAGCUACGAUCAUGUGAGACCAGCCAGCAAGAAGAAUAAAGACAAUACGGCUACGCGCAUCUUGAAAAUGUUCUGUGCGCAAUAGAACCGAUAUUUCAGAACCAUUGCAUAUUACGGGAUUACUUCUUCUUUAAAGACCUGGAAGCGAACCUGCUCACCAUCUGAAGACAACUGUCCCAAUUGAAGUGCUAUGGCCCCUGCUGCAGUGAGGAGUCCUAGCCUCAGGCCUUCAUAGUGGACAUUGCCCUAUCAACACACACAGGUGUAGGCCAGGGUCAAGCUCCCGGAGCAGGGAUGAUCACUUCUCACCAGAACGGAGGACCCGGAUAUGUAACAGAGGACCCAAUGGGGCCUGUUAAUGGCACGGAGGGUCCUGGGAGUGGAGCCAAGCUGCAGCAGAGAGAGAGGGCAGUGGACUGCCCCCCUGGGGACAGGGUGGUGAGGUCUGUUAGCAGCAUGGUGCAGGGUUCCCGCUGCAGCGCCCAGAUGGAGAGGAUGCAGCAGUACCAGGAAGAGCUGAGGAGGAAGAGGGAGGAGGACACCAACAAAGGGAAGCAUGAGAUCGAUCUCAACGCCUCGCUCAGGCUCAAGAAGCUGGCCCAGAACCCAGCCAAGACGGGUAUUGACAACCCCACGUUCGAAGCACCUGAGGCGGGCAAGGAGACCAAGAAUGGGAGCCCCCUGCCUGGUGGGGACACGGCUGCGGAGCUGGAAGAGCUGCUGGAGGCCCUACGGCGGGUGCAGAGCUUCCUGGUGGACAGCCAAUCGCAGGCCGACGUGGCCCUGUUGCUGGGCCUGCUGCGCAAGGAGGACUUCCAGAGCGCUUUGGCCAUCCACAGUGCCGUGGCCCAGCAGAUGCAGCCGCGCGGCAGCCCGCCCUUGCCCGUCACUGCCCAGGCCCAGGGCCUCUGCCUGGAGGUGCAAUACAUCCUCCAGUCCAGUCAACAUAAAGAGGGUAUAGAGCUCAGCAACCUCCUCACCUCUCCCCACCUCCAGGCUCUGAUGCAGGCCCAUGACAGGGUGGCGGAGCAGGAGUUGGAGCCAGAGCCAGAAGAGAGUGUGAUUCAGUACAUGGGAGAGACAGUCAAACUGGUGCGGCUCGAGAAGGCCGGCGACAUGCCUCUGGGAGCCACAGUUCGUAACGAGAUGGACGGCGUGGUGGUGAGUCGCGUGGUGAAAGGAGGGGCAGCCGAGCGGAGCGGACUACUGGCCGAGGGAGACGAGAUCCUGCAGAUCAACGGCGUGCCCGUCCGUGGGAAAAACAUCAAUGAGGUCCAUGACCUUCUGACAGAGAUGCAUGGCACUCUGACCUUCCUUCUCAUCCCCAGCUCUCAGAACAAAACUCCCCCACACAGAGAGAUGGUGAUGCACGUGAGGGCCUACUUUAACUACGACCCGUCCGAUGACCCAUACAUGCCGUGCAGGGAGCUGGGCCUGUCCUUCCAGAAGGGAGACAUCCUCCACAUUAUCAGCCAGGACGACCCCAACUGGUGGCAGGCCUACAGGGAUGGAGAUGAGGACAACCAGCCCCUAGCCGGGCUAGUACCAGGGAAGAGCUUCCAGCAGCAGAGAGAAGCUAUGAAGAAACCCAUUGUGGACAGGAAUCCUGACAGCCCAGGGAAGCUCUGGAAGAAGAACAAGAAGCAGAGGAAGAAGACCAUGUGCAACCCCAACAGCAACGCUGACUACUCCGGCGAUGACAUCCUGACCUAUGAGGAGAUGGCGCUCUACCACCAGCCGGCCAAUCGCAAGCGACCUAUCGCCCUGAUUGGUUCGCCCAACAGCGGGCAGGACGAGCUGCGGCGGAGGCUGCUAUCAAUCCAACCGGACAGGUUCUCCGGUGCCGUGCCACAUACAACGAGAAGCCCACGGAUACAUGAGAAGAACGGGAGGGAGUACCACUUUGUGAACCGGCUGGCGUUUGAGACGGACGACGCAGCAGGGAAGUUCAUAGAGUCUGGGGAGUACGCCCGGAACCUGUAUGGCACCAGCAGUGACUCGGUUCAACAGGUCAUCAACUCAGGCAGGAUCUGUCUGCUGUGCCUGCACACUAAGUCACUGCGGGUGCUGCGGUCCUCCAACCUCAAGCCCUAUGUGAUCUUCAUCGCUCCUCCCUCUCAGGAACGAUUGCGCUCCCUGCUGGCCAAGGAUGGCAAAAACCCAAAGCCAGAGGAGCUGAAGGAGCUGAUGGAGAAGGCCUGGGAGAUGGAGCAGGCCUACGGUCACCUGUUUGACACGGCCAUCGUUAACAGCGAGCCAGACACAGCCUUCCACGAGCUGCUGCGGCUCAUUGACAAGCUGGACACAGAGCCCCAGUGGGUGCCAUCCUCCUGGUUGUGCUAGGGGUCAGGGGUGAUGGUUCACCCUAGAGGUCAACCCCAGGGAGCCUCAUGAAGGAGAGUGUGGCCUGGGUCGUGUUCAUUAGGCACCAAAAGGAAGAAAACAGAUUGAAACAGGAAGGGACUACCUGGACUCGUCCAAUAAGAACCACUUGUUUUCGUUUUCAGAAAAUAAGUGAACGUUUCACUACGGUGUACCCUAAUGAACAUGACCCACAGCUCGGGAGGAACGACACUAAAAGGAAGAAUGGACAAUGAUCGCUGAGGCCACCGUUAGACCAUCGUGGAGCCUUGCUGACACAAAAUAGAGGGCCCGUGCCUUCUCUGACCGAAAGGGUGACUUGUCCUUUAACAAGCCUUCUUAUGGAAGGUGGACUUUACUACAUUUGCAGGGAUGGAUACUUUCUUAUAUAUGUUUGUUCUGUCUGUGUUUAUCUUUGUGAAUGUUAUUUUGGGUUUUUGUCAAUGUUGUCAACAUUCCAGAUUCCAGUAGCCUAUGCAAAGACAUUUAUCCAAAACUGUAGAAAACAUAUUUUCAUUUCAUUCCAAUCUCAAUAGUUAUUUAUGAUUGUAAAAUGUGUAUUUUUAGAAGAGAUGGUAAACAAAUGUGGUUUACCAUUACCUCAGACCCCAAUGUAAUGUAUGGUGUGUUUGUGUGUGGUAUAGAAGACAAUGCAAUGCACAGGAACACUAUCUCUCAAUGGAGGACCAAAUUGCUACUGGGGAACUAUGUAACUUUCUCCUAGAAGUGAGAACCAAAGAGGAAGCCGUUGUAUUCUAAAUAUGGUAAGGUACUUGCUGUGUAUCAACGAUUAGUAUUAUGUUGUGAUAUCUUGAGCUGCUGCGCUUGUACCUCACAGACCUCAAGAAUCAUUAAUCAUCAGUAAAGAUCACCUUCAUAUAUAUUGUAGAGUCCGUGUAUCUUGGGGCUUGAUUAAAUCAUUAUCGCCGAAGAUCAGCGCUUUGACGUGCUUGAAGUUGAAAGGUCAUUUCCAAAUGAGCCGACAUAUGCAGCGUUUACUGUGAGUGCAGUCUCCGCAAACAUGGGAACGUUGCCUUUCUAUUUCAAUCGCACUAUAGCGCUGAACUUCGGUGUUACAGAUUGAAUCACGCGCCUAGUUGUUUGUCUGACCACAGACACUAACAGUGUGAACAAUUAGGAGCUUUAGCCUACAUCAACAUAUCAAUUCAUCUGACAAACCUGUUGAGCACUGUUUCAUAAUGGUGGACAUUAAAGUUACAGGAAUCCUAG